AGUGCUUUGUUUCUUCGUUUGCUUGUUCGGCCCUCUCUUUCCCCUCGCACACACGCACUUGAAUUGCGCGCUUCCUACUCUCUUCGUCGAGGUCGUGGCAGACAAACGUCAAGGACGAGAGAGAUGCAGCGGUCUCUUCUGCACUCCGUCCCCGCAGCGGGUGCGUACGCGGUAGCAACAGCAGCAGCAGCAGCGGCAGCUGCGGCGGUUCUUGUCGUCGGCCGCUCAUCGCCUGCGCUGCGCGCACCGUCCACCACACUACGCGGCCGACCAGCCGGCACGCCGGCACGCACGUCACCUACCUCUCUUUACCGCAAGCGGGCCCUCCUUGUUCAACAGAGAAGUUACGCCACAGGGACGAGUGCAGACGGCGUCAACACGAGCACCGCCGCUGGUGCUGAUGCCGGCGCCAUCGCGCACGCGCACGCGCACAUACCAUCCCUACGCAACGCCCUCCCGCCCAGCGCUGUUGAGCUGCCGGAGGAGUCGUUUCUCAAGUGUAUCGAGAAGGAGAUGAUGGAUGAGCAGUACCGCCUGGACAAGGAAGAGGGGCCGCCGCUGGUGCCGGCAGGUUGGACGAUGCAUCACACGGAGGGCACGAGUUUUCUCUACGGCCGUCGUGUGUGGGUGCCACCGCCAUCUGCUUCUGCUGCUGCUGGUGGUGCCCCUGCGCCGAACGCAUCGAAGGAUGGUCAUGAGAGUUCUACGGCGAAUGCAGAGCAGCAGCGCGCCGAGGACGGCGGAGGAGAUCCCGCACAGCAGCAGCAACAGCAGCAGCGAUGGACGCCGAUUCCGCGAGCGGCCGAGAAGCACUUUCUGCGUCUGCAGCUCACGACGCGUGAUGCCUCGUUGGAUCCGGAGUGCGACGUGCGGGGAGAGCACUUUCCAUUCUCCUUCUUUGUGCAACGCGUGCGAGCCGAGGGCGAUGAUGGGGCGGAGAGCAGCAACAGCAGUGGCGGUGCGCACAUUGACUUGGACAGCGACGCCUUCGAGGAACACACGUUUUUCCACGACAGCAUUGAAGUUCGGUGCGACGUCGUGGAUGGGGAACUGGUGGUCGACAACGUCGUGUUUCACGGCGCGCCGGCUGCUGCUGCUGCUACUACUGCGGAUGCUGCUGCGGCGGGGCCGCAUUACACGAACCCAUUCGGUGGGUAUCCCGGCCCGAGCCUCGAUGAGACGGAAGAGGAGGUGUUGGACGGCAUCCAGAGCUGGUUGGCGGAGCGCGGCGUGGAUGAUCAACUGGGCGAGUUUGUCGGCCAGUACGCCAUUUGGAUUGAGCAGGCGGAGUACGAGCAUUGGCUGCAGCAGCUGCGCGACUACGUUGCCGCGUAG